UCGUUGGUGAAUCAAGUUCAUGCACAACACUGACAAAAAUAUUUGAGUGUUUGAUUUUAAUUUAAGAAAGAUGGGGAAAUUAAUUUCCAAAAGGCUUGAAGUGUUUGUGAUGAUAUUUGUGUUUGCUAUAGGUAUAGCAGAAUGUAGAAAACUUGAGAAGGAAACCCUUGGAGGUGGUUUUGGUCGAGGUGUCGGAGGAGGGGUUGGUGGUGGCCAUGGUGGUGGUUUAGGUGGAGGCUUUGGUGGUGGAAAAGGUGGUGGGGUAGGAGUUGGAGGUGGAGCCGGCGCAGGUGGUGGUGGUGGUCUUGGAGGUGGCGGUGGUGGCGGUCUUGGAGGUGGAAAAGGUGGAGGGAUAGGAGGUGGAGCUGGUGGUGGAAAAGGUGGAGGCAUAGGAGGUGGAGCUGGUGGUGGUGCUGGUGGAGGUAUAGGAGGUGGAGCUGGUGGUGGAAAAGGUGGAGGCAUAGGAGCAGGUGGUGGUGCCGGUGGUGGCGCUGGAGGCGGUGCUGGUGUUGGUUUUGGAGGUGGAAAAGGUGGAGGGAUAGGAGGUGGAGCUGGUGGUGGAAAAGGUGGAGGCAUAGGAGCAGGUGGUGGUGCCGGUGGUAGAACUGGAGGCAGUGCUGGUGGUGGUUUUGGAGGUGGAAAAGGUGGAGGGAUAGGAGGUGGUGUUGGAGGUGGAGGUGGAGUUGGUGGUGGUGGUGGCGUUGGAGGGGGUGCUGGUGGUGGCUUUGGAGGUGGAAAAGGUGGAGGGAUAGGAGGUGGAGCUGGAGGUGGUGCUGGUGGUGGUGUUGGAGGUGGUGCUGGCGGUGGUUUUGGCGGUGGAAAAGGCGGAGGUAUAGGAGGUGGAGUUGGCGGUGGUGGAGGAGGUGUUGGUGGUGGCGGUAGCUUUGGAGGUGGUGCUGGUAGAGGAAUUGGAGGGGGAUUUUAGUUGCAAAAUAUGCAUGCUUAAAAAUAUUAUAACUUGUAAGCGUGCAUGCUAAUGCAUGGUGUGGUUGACUAUGACGUAUCAUACUGCCAUACUAAUAUUACUGAGUAAAAUAAAAAACAAUGCUUUCUAGCUUCAUCCUAAA